AUGAUACAGAUGUUGCUGGGAACUAUUGAUCGGGAGAAGAUAAAGAAGGAUCAGCCAUGUCGCCAGACGCGACGCCCUGCCACCCUCCCUAAGCCGCCCACCCAGCCGCCCUCCCAGCCGCUCUCCCAGCCGCCCUCCCAGCCGCUCUCCCAGCCGCUCUCCCAGCCGUCCUCCCAGCCGCCCUCCCAGCCGUCCUCCCAGCCGCCCUCCCAGCCGCCCUCCCAGCCGCCCUCCCAGCCGCCCUCCCAGCCGCUCUCCCAGCCGUCCUCCCAGCGCUCGCUCUCCCAGCCGCCCUCCCAGCCGCUCUCCCAGCCGCCCUCCCAGCCGCUCUCCCAGCCGCCCUCCCAGCCGUCCUCCCAGCCGCUCUCCCAGCCGCCCUCCCAACCGCCCUCCCAGCCGUCCUCCCAGCCGCCCUCCCAGCUACCCUCCCAGCCAUCCUCCCAGCCGCCCUCCCAGCCGUCCUCCCAGCCGUCCUAUGAAACCCUGAACAAAGAUUUUUUCAUCAGAUUUUUAGCCCCCACAUGA